UGUUUACUUCUGUUUGUCUGUUUACUUUCGUUUUCUCGGAAUUUCACACAGCGCCACUAAUUGAAUAUCGAACGAUGGGUGUUACGAGAAUGGCAAAUCGAAUUCGUUGUUUAUGUUUAUUCGAUUGCUUUGCCUUUGAAGGAAACUGUGCAGGAAGAACAGACUAAAUUUGAAUAUAAAGGAACAAUGGAAAUGAAUGCAGACUUCCUGAAAGCAUGUGAAACUGGUAACCUAAAUGAAGUUUUAAAUAUCCUUUACUAUCAUGACAAUGGACCGAUCAAAAUCUUACAGACGGAUCCUAGAACCUUGGACCACAUGCACUACUUUCAUGCAGUCUGUUUGAACGGCCACUGUGAUGUUGUCGAACAAUUGUUUUAUUUCAAUGUUGAUGUCAAUCUGGACUCGAGAUACGGCACUCCAUUGGCGGUCGCUUGUCAGGGCGGGCAUAUAGAUACUGUCAAAGCCUUGGUCAAGCAUGGAGCGAAAAUUUAUGACCCAAAUUCUAGGCCAACGCUCACACCAUUUUUCCAAGCCUGCAAACAUGGACACUUGGAGAUUUUGACGUAUUUGAUCCAGGAAAGGCCUGAUGUUUUGUUAAUACUUGGGCCACAGCUUUUGGUUGAAGCAUGUCGUGAAGGUUUCUUGGAAAUUGUUAUUUUGCUUGUUUCAAAAGAAAUUGAUAUUAAUGGCGUGGUUCAUCCUAGCUCACCGCACAGGGAAGAGAUUUCGUUUGAAUCGGUCUUAGAGACCCCACUACAAGCAGCGUGCUCGCAAAACCAAGUUGAAAUUGUGGAAUAUUUGUUGCAAGAAAAAGCCGAGGUGAAUGUCAGCAUGGUGCAGAAAUAUUACCAAGUACUAAAAGAAGCAGUUAAAAGAAAUUUUAAAGAACACAAGGGAAAAUACAAAAGAAAACAAACACAAAAGAUGUUUCUCCUGGAGGGGGAUUUUUCAAGUUCAAAUUUCUAUGAUAUUCACAAAAGUUGGUUCUUGGAUUAUGCCGAUAGUCUCGUAGUUCUUGAUCUGUCCCAGAACAACUUGCAAAACGUUCCUAAAGAAGUUUUAAACCUGCCAUCGAUCAGAGAAAUCAAUUUGUCAGCAAAUGAUUUGAUUGUCCUACCUGAGAUUGAAGAUGUCGAAGCAACCAGGUUGGUUGAUAUCACGGCUGCUUCAAAUAAACUCACCCAUGUCCCCAUGUCGUUUUUUAACAUAAAAGGCUUACGAUAUCUGAAUCUAGUCAACAAUCGCAUCGUAUCUUUGCUGAAUAACAAUGUCAAUGACGCCGAGCAGUUCAGUGAUAGCAAUGAUGCAACGAGCUUCGAUGAAGUCGAAGAUAUCACUUGGCAAUGUCAUUCAUUAAAGUCUCUGAAUCUAUCCGGAAAUCAGCUGAAAUUCAUCCCGUCUGCAAUUCAUGCUGCGAACAGUUUAGAAAAGCUAUUGUUGCGUGGAAAUCAAAUUAGUUCGUUCCCAACAGGAUGGAAAUGUCCAUUAAGAAUCCUAGAUUUAUCUAAGAAUGAAUUGACAGACUUCAGGCAGUCUGUUUUCAAUGCAUGGACUGAAACGAUGGUCGAUUUGAACCUCAGUUCGAACAAAUUCUCAUCAAUAUCUUGGGAUAUAUGCCAGUUAAAGUUGCUGCAAUACCUGGACUUGAGUAAAAAUUGCAUUGAAAAUAUGCCGCCGAAGCAUUACUGGACCUGCACGAACUUACGAAAACUAAAUCUGAGUGAAAAUAAGUUGUGUGGCGUUAGCACUCGAACGACGACAACGAGUCCGACCGGCAACCUCCGAAGGCUGACGUUCAUGUCACGCCCUCCGACAGUGGACCGAGAUGAAAUCGAGGACGAAUUUCCGUAUGAAGUUUUCGGGUCAACCCUUGAGACCCUGGACCUGAGUGAUAAUAAGCUUGCCGUGGUUCCGAAAUCUGUUUGCCAGUUGACCUCGCUCGAAGAUUUGAAUCUUUCCAGAAACCGACCUUUGAGAAGUUUGCCUCCGGACUUGGGCAACCUCACGGAAUGCUAUCAACUAGGAAUAGAAGGUCUCAAUCUGAGUGGAAUUCCGAGAUAUGCUCGUUCAGGUCAUACGUCGAAAGAUGUGCUGACGUAUCUCAGGGCCAAGCAACGAAAGUCUGUCCCGUAUUACCGAAUGAAAUUGAUGGUUAUUGGUUUGCAGGGACGUGGAAAAACAACCCUUCUUGCUGCGUUGCGCAAUCAACCUCGUCCUCCAAACAUUUCAACAGUUGGUAUUGUUGUUAACCAGUGGACUGUUUCUGGCUUUCAAACUCUCCGUGAGAGAAUGGUACAGAUUGGUAGAAGGGAUCAGGUCAAUCCAUCCAUUACAUUCAGUACUUGGGAUUUGGCAGGCCAAGAGAUAUACUACUCUACACACCAGUGUUUUCUGUCAUCUAACACACUUUACUUGGCUGUGUGGAACAUCUCAACCGGUGAAGAGGGGAUCGAUAAAUUAAAACCCUGGCUUCUCAAUGUUCAGGCACGAGCGCCUGGUUCUCACGUGAUCAUUGUCGGAACACAUCUGGAUCUUCUGCCCGGGGCGGGAAAGUACAGGCGCGUCGACGAGCUUCGAUUAAAUAUCGCCAAACGAUACAAUAAGAAAGGUUUUCCACUUAUCAAGGGCUACUACAUGGUCUCUUGCACGUCUGGUGAAAAUCUGGACGAGUUAAGACAAGCCAUUUAUCAGGCAGCCUUGGAACUGAAGGAGACGGAAAGCACAGGAAAAGGAGACACUCUGAUUGGUCGAAAGAUUCCGAUCAGUUAUCUGAAACUUCAAGAGACUGUUAUGAAAGAAGCUGAGAAUCGUAUGAAGGAAAACAAACCUCCCAUUUUGAACGAAUACGAAAUGUUGGAGCUGGCAAAGAAGGAUCCGAAUAACGAUAUCUUGGAACGAGACGAAUUAAUCCUAGCUGCAAGAUUUCUCCACGAGAAUGGAGUUAUUCUACACUACAACGACCGAUCAAGAGGUCUCGACAAACUCUACUUCAUCGAACCCGGUUGGCUCUGCAAAAUUAUGGCGUUCCUGGUCACCGUCAAGGAAACGAAUGCGUUCGUUAAGGGCGGGAUUAUGGAAAAAUCCAAUGUGAAUUUGUUGUUGAAAGAUCCAAGACUUCCGCCUGAAUUUAUGGAACAGUAUAUUCAGUUGAUGGAGAGAUUUGAAGUCGCGUUAGCUUUGGACGAUCAUCGCCUGUUGGUUCCCUCAAUGCUACCGCGUGAUAAACCUGGACUUCAACUUGCUGACCUCAGCAAAAUGAUGAGUCGUGGAAAGAGCGGUCUGUCGGCCGCGUCAGAGGACAAGGAGAAUGAGGAGGAAUGCGAAGACCAAACUUCAGAAGAUCAGUUCCAGUAUCUGUGCCGCCUGUACAAGAUGAAUUAUGUGCCCAGCGGAUUCUGGAGUCGCCUCAUUGCCCGACUCAUGAUUGCCGUGCAGAGGUGGGGGACCGACGAAGGGCUUGGAGACGAGCUGAUUUGUAACGAGGGGGGUAAAGAUGUUCGACCCACCUCGAGCUUUCGUCCAGUACCUCACGGUUAUUCGAUGAUCUACUGGCGUGAAGGAAUGGGCGUGGUUUAUGAUGGAGGGCAUCUGUUGGUGGAGUCUUACUCUAAGACCGAGCGAAAUCCUCACAGUCGGAUGUUGGAGGAUAUUGAGGGAGUAAAAGUGACCGUCUGGUCAGAAGAAAAAGAUUUUUCAGUUCUUGGUUUCGUCACAGACCAAGUGAAUUCGCUCAUCACCGAAUGGUACCCAGGUUUGGAAGAAAGCGACAAGCAUGGCAUACCACUCGUGCGUCACGUGAUACCCUGUCCGAUAUGCACGUCGCACAACGAACCAACGUUCAGAAUGAGGCGUUCCGUGUCCAUGAAGAAUGUUCAAGAAAUGGAAGAGAGAAGACUCCCUGAGUUUUCUCUAAUGGAGUGCGCAGCCGCUGCUGUCGAUUACACGGAGAUUGCAUGCCCUGAGCACGUGGACAGGCCCGUGAAACUUAGCAGUCUGAUACCUGAUCUGGUUCUCUCCGAUCUUCCACCUGAACUUCUCAUAGAUAGAAAUGUAUUUUUGUACAACCCAACUGACGAAAAUCGUCUCGGAAGUGGAGGAGCUGGCGAGGUGUUUCUUGGAAUUUACAAAAAGCAGAAAGUUGCUGUGAAAAGAUUUUACUCUUCAAAUAACACUAGCACUGAUAGUGGACUAGGCCCGAGUCUCGGUUGCUAUGGCAAACGUAGUGGAAGCCGUCAUACUGACGGGGGGUCGUUCACUGAUCGCAGUCGCGUGUUUACUGUUAGUCCGACAACCAUUGAGGAAGAUUUGAGAAGGACAAAAGUAUUGUCAUCUUUCGUGGAGCUACGCCAGGAAGUGUCAGUAUUGGGUCGCCUCAAUCAUCCGUGUGUUGUGGCGUUGAUUGGUGUAUGCAUACAACCGAUGUGCAUAGUGCUCGAGCUCUCCCCUCUCGGCAGCUUAUUUUCCAUACUCGAGAAAGAGAUGAGUAAAAUGAAAGCUGAAAGGUUUCAACGAGGCUGCCAAACAGCACACGAUGUGAGAAAGCCGAUAUUUGAUCGUUAUCUCACCUACAAGAUCGUUUAUCAGGUUGCUCAUGCGUUGCAUUAUCUUCAUGAACUGGGUAUCAUUUACCGGGACCUAAAAUCCGAUAAUCUUCUCGUAUGGUCGCUGGAGAGAGAGGCUGUUGUCCACGUGAAACUCUCGGACUACGGCAUCUCCCGAUUUGCAACCCCACAAGGAAUGCUGGGAGAGGAAGGGACUCCUGGUUUCCAGGCUCCAGAAGUACGCACAGGUUCAACUUACAACGAAAAGGUUGAUAUCUUCUCAUUCGCGAUGUUAAUUUACGAGAUUCUCUCAGGCCUACGACCGUUCCACGAGUGCCGUUGUUCGGCUCAGAUUAAGAAAGCAUUGCGUCGAGGAGAGAGACCAUCACUCCAGCAAAACUAUCUGGAUUCUGAGAUCCCAGAACUCGAAACACUCAUGACAAAAUGUUGGAAAGAGUCAGCCGUUGCAAGACCAUCAGCUGAGGCUGUGCUGGACCUCAUGGAAGAUUCGUCGUUUCUUUGUCUUAAUCGUAUCAUGCCUUACGCUGAUCAACAGCCGUGGAAUAGUAUCACAGCUUUUAUACCUUUAUCAGAAGAAGAUGAAGUACUAAGUGAAGCUCAGAAGGCGAUUGGCAGCCACUCUGUGUUACUCUGGGGCGGCGAGGUUGAUGAACGAUAUUAUUCUGUUGUUGAUUGUAAAACUGGGAUAGACCAAGUCCCUCAAACUCUGUGUGUAGGACCUCGUGUUGGGUGUUUGGCCAGAGUAGGGGAUAGAUUUUGGCUGGGAACUGAGGGUUCUGUUAUUGAGGUGUUCGGUCGUCCCAAUCCUGCUUCUGAUUUGAAGAUUUUAUGGUCCAUUAAGUUAAAUUCACAAGUUUUGGGGUUAGAAGUGGAGCAUUUCGUCGACCGAAGAUCUGUGAAUUCAUCAAUCGAUCGUGUUCGCCGGAUUUUUGCCUGUCUUGCCAACGGUAGUGUGGCUGUCAUCUCCCGGCCGGACUUUCGCCCACCUUUCUCUUCGAUCUGUUCGUUUCAGUUCAAAGCAGAUUCGAACGAAAAACAACGCCGGGAAGCGACCGAAUUUUCCAUCAUUACAAAUAUAGAGAUCAGUGACCCGGCCACGUCAGCAUGUUGCCUUCUCUUCGUGAAGGAUGGCAGAGAAUUGUGGGUAGGCUGUGGAAAUAUGGUGGCGAUUGUCGACACAGACACCCUUAAGGUGGUGCACAAAUUCCGGGCGUACGCUUCCCCCAGGUCGAAUGUCCGGUCGAUGGUAAGUGACGGUCCUACGGUAUUCACCAUCAAUCGAAAGACCCCGGAUGUCUUUCAGUGGAGCGUCGAAACGAGGCAACGCAUUUGCAAAUUUAACAUCGGGCAGGAAGACCCGCGCGGAAUGAAACUCGCAGAACUCGUGAUGCCAACGAAAGACAAUGACGUCAACGCGAGUGAGUUCACUGAUGACGUCAUGGGAGAAGACGGUGACGAAACCGUCGUGAAAUCACCUGACGAAUCUGAUAGUCAUGAUAAGGCUGAGGGGGAUGAAGAGGGGAGUGUGAUGGAUACUGAAGAGAAACCCCAGAUGUACAUCGAUGUCAACAAACAUCCCAUGUCUCGUCCGACCAGGCAACCAUCCUUGAUGUAUGCUUUGAAACGCGACAGUUCCAGAAACUCGUCGCGGCGUAAACAUCGGGAUUUGCCUAAAAAUCCCGCCGAGGAUUCCACGAGCCCGCACUCCGACAGCAUACGAAACCGCAUGCGUUCUCGUACUCAGGUGAUGUGUAACACCAAGCAUCGUAUAACUUGUGCUUUAAUUGUCGACGAGAACCUGUGGGUGGGUAGGGAGAGUGGAGACAUCGUGGUGAUUGAUAUUUCUGGUGAGAUAGAUGGUAAAGACUACGGUUUUGUUCAUGGCGUUUUGACUUUAGAAGUUGAACGCGGCUUCGCAAAUAAAGGUAUCCACCAUAUGAUUCGUGUCGGAGGAGAUAAAGUCAUGAGUUGUUCCCGAUUCUUCCGCGAGCGUGAUACGAAGGAAGGACGGACGCAAACGGUUCCGGCGGCGAACCGACAGCUGUCCCGCACUUUGUCGCCAGUGCGCCUCCUUCGCCCGCACCCCUUCACCAGGACCACGCCGGCGGUGGCCGAGAAGCCUGUUGAAGAGAGAUGUGAGAACUAUCAGGUUUGCGUCUGGGAACGAUGGAGAAGCGACGAUUUCCGAGAAUUUUAUGAAUAUCACGAGAGCUUAGAAAAGGCUUUGUGAGGAACGAUAACAGGACGCCUUUCUUGGUGAAUACAACUUGAAAAUGGUCUGUUUUAAGAACGGUUUUAUUUGAGCCAAAAUUUCAACCCUUUCGCAUAAGAUUUGAUUUCGCUGGAGCAUAUCGUAGGAUGUUUCAUUUAAAAUCUCUAGAAUGGUUUAAUCCAGUUCAAUGGCUUAACCAAUCCUCUUUUUAACAUUUCCUCAUCUCGAAAUCAUCUUCAAACGACUUCUGCAUGAUUUUAGUACAAGCUACGAGGAAAUUAAGGCCAUUUGUGUAUCAUUUAUUUCCCCAAAACCAAAAUUAUGAAAUUUAGCCCAGAAUUAUCAGUGUUCGUAACAGUAACAGCUCUGACUAAAUUGAAUUUAACUCGACUUCAACUUAUGAUUUCGACAUUGUGAACCCAACGUAUGCAACUUUUUACAAUGCACAAAACGAAAAUCUGUUUUUAAAAUUUUACCAAUAAAUUUUUUUGUAUAGAAUUUUGCAGAUUAGAUAUUAUAUUAGAUUUUCUUUAAUGACAAUUUAACGAUAUUCUCGAUUGAUGCAAUAGAUAUGAUCGAUAGACAAUGGAUAUGAUCGAUAGACAAUAGAUAACUUAUUUCAGUACAUAAAAUGUUAAAAUUGACGUUUCGCUAAGCGUUGUUAGACCAUUUGAAAAAUUAGACAAUUUUCAAAGUUAGCUUUUAAAAAGAAUGGUUCUAUAUAUUCAUGUUUGUGGGACAACUAUUCUUUCCUAAUUUUUUAAUUGUGUAUAGACU